GAUUCCUUCCAUGAUGUCUGUACAAAACUAGGGGAGUAAUUGAGAAAUUGUAUGCUGUCUGAAAUUCUUUGAGGCAGCUGGUACAGAUAUUUGGUGGCGAGCAAUUUGAGCUUUCUAGCAUGAACUAUUCAGAACUCCGCCCCUUUCCAAUGAAAACCCCUUGCAGUGACAUAAAGUGCCCAUGCUGAGACAUGGUUAUACGCACAAUGAAGAGCUUCACCUUAAUAACAGCAUUACUUCUCUGCAGCCUCAGCUGGAUCUCUGUCUCAGUUUCUGAGCCUCACACUGUGGAGGUCCAGCCUGGUGGAGAAGUCACACUGCAGUGCUCCAACAUUUCCAGAGCUCCAACUCAGACAGACUGGUUCAGAGUGGUCAACAGAACCAAAGCCAGCUGUAUCUCCUCUAUGUACGAGUCUGGAGACAAAGCUUCACUCUGUGAUGGAUUUCAGAACGGAAAAUUUGAAAUGCGUUCCAACAUUUCAACUGUCUUUCUUAAAAUCAAGCGAGUGGAUUUAUCUGACUCUGGGCUGUAUUUCUGUGGAUUUUACAUCAACACACACACUGUCAUUGCCGAUGUAAAAGAGUUAAGCGUUCAAGAUAAUGGUGAUUCUGAUGAUUCUGAGUCUGAUGAUGAAGAGCAUUUUAAGUCUAAAAAAGAGUGUGAUGGGAGAACAGUCCUGAUGAGUGUGGUCCUGGGUGUUGUGAUUCUCUUGUUCACUAUAGUCCUCAUUGUUCUGGCUGUUAAAAUCAGGAAACUUAAAACAGCUGCCAAUAAAAAACCACAGCCAGAAAGAAACAAGAAUCUGGGUUCAGAUGACCUGAACUACGCAGCGCUGAGUUUCCAGCCGAAACCAAAAAGAAACCGCCGGCCUGCAUCCGCAAGAGAGGAGCUAGGUGUUGUUUAUGCUGCCACCAGAUAAACUCAGGAAACAUCUGGAACUGCAGCUCAGAGUGGAAAUUAUUCUUUAUUACAUUCAUCUGCUGCUGUGCUUUUAUGUGUGGGCAGUGGGUGAGGCGUCACCAACAAAAAAUAAAAUGUUCAUAAUG